AUGUCUCAAAUUCAUGAAAAAUCUCCCAAACACUGUGCCAAGCGAGGACUCAACUUAAAGAAAUUCAACAAGAAGCUCUUUGUUGCUUUCUCUACAUUUCUGCUUACAGUUUUAUCAUUCAUCUUGCUAGUUUGGCUCAUCUUAUACCCCACAAAGCCGAAGUUUUCUCUCAAAGAGGUUGAAAUCAAUCAACUCAACCUGUCAGGCCCCUCCCUUCUCAACUCUUCAGUCCAGCUCACUCUCCUGUCCAACAAUCCAAACAAGAAAGUUGGAAUUUAUUAUGAUGAGAUACAAGUAUGUGCAUCUUACAAGAGUCAAAAAAUUACUCACGAUACUUCUAUCCCUCCAUUUCACCAAGAGCAUGAAGAAACCAAUUACCUGAGUGCAUCUCUGGUUGGAAAUCAGCAACCUGUGGCUCCGUCCUUCGGUUAUGAUGUCAGGGGUGAUCAGAGAACCGGAAAACUAAUGUUGACUGUCAAGGUAAUCGGAAAACUUCGAUGGAAGGUUUGGAGUUGGGUUUCCAGGAAGUAUAGGUUCAAUGUAAACUGUGUAGCUAUCGUGCCAUUUGGACCUAUACCAUCACCUCCCCUAAGUUCCAAACAGGGAACACAAUGUUCAACUGCCAUUUGA